GUGCGCGUCAUUCCCCCUGGAAUUAAAGCACACACCAGUUUGCCAGACAACCGGGCAUUCGGGUAAGAAACCAUCAUUCAAGGUGUAUACGGGAGAGCAAAAUAAAUAUAUACUACUAUGUGACUGGGAUGUGUGUGAGGGGAACUCCAGGGGCCUCAUUUAUCAAUCAUGCAUAGGCACUAAUCUGUGCGUAAACCAUGCGUGGGAUUAUUUCCACACAACGUGUGCGAUUUAUCAAUAUGAAUGUUUGCUUGAGUGUGUGUAACUUUACGCACUCACACAGUGCCAAGUGGUGAAAUAAUGCCUUGAUCACACCUACAGCCUCAUUGAGCAAAAUGGUACGCAGCAUCAUCUGGAUAUGUGUGCAACAAAAGUUCAAUAUUCACAUUCUGCUAUCAUUAAUGUCAAGCCGUCUACGCAUACAAUUUAAUGCAUAAAUUCAAUAAAUCCAAUGUAUGCACCACACAGAACGCACUGCAAUGCAAUUCUGCAAGGCAAACGCAGCAUUCCAUUGGAAAUGAAUGUACUUGUGGUGUACCAAAACGCAAUGAUGCUGUCAGUGUGAUCGAGGCGUAAGGGUACUGUCAAGUGUAGAAUGGGGAAAAUAUAUGUUGAAAAUGUCUGAAAUUGCGAUGGAGUAAUAAUUCAAUCGCUUUUCGAUGUCGUAUUUCCAUUGUGAAUUCAUGCAACAUAUCUUGACAGGCAUAUCAUUUGACCACAUCAGUGCAUUUGUUACUAUAAUAAUUCACAUAAAGUACAGUCAUUUGUUAAAUUAGAGGCACAUGUGAAAGUGAAACAAUUGUUGAAAUACUAUAAAAGACUGAGAUAAUGGGAAAACGAAUGAGAGGCUGAUCUUGCUCUGUUGGAAGAUUUGGCACGCUGCAUUUCACAGAGAGCGCGUUUUUAGAAACAGGUGGGACUUUUUUGGUUUUAGGAAAUGAUGUCUGAUGAGACAAUCUUAUAGGAUUUUUGUGAGGACUUAAGACUUACUUUAAAAAGGCAAACGCAUGCCAUUCCGGUGCACAUCCAAGUGCUAUCCACCCUCUGGUUUUUUCAUUGGGAGCUUGCCGAUCGGCAUCUCACAGCCUCGGUGAGCCAGUGUUUUGGAUGCAAUCAUCAGUAAAAUGAACUGUAACAUACAAUUUCCAUACACCAUCGCACAACAGGUUGAAGUCAAGUUUUUUGUUGUUGCCAUCAAUGGGUUCCCAAAUACGAACGGAGCAAUAGCCACAUCGCCAUAAAAGCACCAUCCCAAAACGAGUUGAACUAUGUGAACAGUAAAGGCUUCCACUCUUAAUGUGCAGGUGAUAAGUUAUGUGAUGUGCAAAAGACGCUGCUGAAUGUGGUGGCCAAUGUUGGCCUAUAGGCCUACAGGAGGGAGCUGUUGAGGAUGGAUGGCUUAUUCGUGAGUGUUGCCUACUCAUUUGAAGUAUAUUUGCCAUUGCUAAAGCAACUAAUUGUCUUAAUGUUCCUCUCGUUUUGGCUUUGGUUUUAUUUUUACUGUUCAAGCCGCAACUGAGAGAGACAAAUGAAACCUUUUGGUUGUACUCAAUCUCUGACACUAGCACCUCUAUUUUCUUAGUCUUUUUUGGUUGCGAUGUUGUAUAUCAUGGUACGGUGUUGUAUAUUCCCUACAGGCUUUAAAGGGAUGAUUUGGACCAUGUAUGAUUAAUUGGGGGUGUUUCAAAAUGCAAAUAGCCAAGGUCGUGCAAGAGCACUGAGGCUGAGAACAAUUGGUAUUUAUCAACGGUUAUCUCCUACAGGUGUACGAAUGAAGCUUGUGGGAUUGUUUGAUAAAUCAUACUUUUUCUAUGUGUACGAACAUUCUAAAUUCUGUUCGAAAGUAGUAUUUUAUAGAAGUUUCUACGCAAUAUUGAUAAAUGAGGCCCCAGAGCUGUAAUGUCCUGUUUGGCCUCGUUCUCACCGUGUGUGAGGUAACCGUAACCGGACAGACGGGAUCUCUCAUGUGUCCGAAAGGGGGGCUGAGUGGUGAUGUCAUAUCCUGUUCCUGUCUGUUUCAAGGGAGACGUCGCCUCAUUCCUUCCAGCUGGAGCUUUUCUUCAACAACCUCACUAAACCCAGCAACGCCUGCUUCCACAGACUGGGCAGGUCAGUAACACUUAGUACAUUAUAUUUGAAUUGAAUUGAAUUUAUUUGUGUAAAUGACAUAUUUAACAGAAAUGUACAAUGUGGACCCAGAGGAUAGCACUUACAAUUAUUAAUUUAAAACAUGUUUCCAAAGACUGGUCCUCGAAUAUACCUCUACUUCUCUCAAACUACCUCUCUCUGUCUGUAUCCCUCUCUCUCUACCUCUUCCUCUGUCACUCCUGCCCUCCCAGUAUCUGUCUAUUUCUCUCUCCCCGCCCCUCCUUUUUCUCUUCCCAGAAUGUGUCCAUAAAAGUAUUCUCACCUGUAGAACCUGCCAGGGCAGAGACCAAUCUGUGCCGACUGUCUUAGUCCUUGUCCACGCCGAGACUGGUCUCUAGAAACUCAGCCCUGUUGUUGCACCUUCCGAAUCACACACAACAGAAUGUAGAACACAGAAAGACACAUCGAUCAUUCCAACAGAGAACACAGGCACAACCUAAUGUUGGUCAAGCGCUCACAGGCCAUUGUUGUUAACCUGAGAGAGAACUUGCAGUACGUCAGCCCCUCUACUGUAGCCUGCUCCACUACUAAUGGCAAUGUGAUAACUCUCUUUCUGUUUCUGUCUCAUCCUUACAGUUUUGAAUAUGACGAAAACAAAUCCAUCAUUUUCAGGCCCAAUGGAAAGGUAAAGACUCCUCCCCCCUCUGUCUGUGGAAAGGUCACUGUUCUCUCUGCAGGGGAACUGUGUUGUGUGUGUGUCGCUUUGUGUUUGUAAUGGUGUGUGUGUGUGUGUGUUGUGUAGGUGAAUACAGAUGGUCUGGUACUGCGUGGUUGGUACACCAGUCUGACGGUGGCGGUGUACGGUACAGCGGAACGGUCACAUGGUCACGACCGGGACUCUCCCCCGCCUCCCCCUCCCCCACCCCCCCAACAACAGACUGGCCUCAAGAGGAUCAUCAAACAAGGUGGGUAAAGACUCAUACUAGGGUUGUCAGGAUACCACUAUCACAAUACUACCAUACUUUCCAUGGCAAAAAGGAAAACACAAGGCGAACUAAACUGUGUGUGUCUCAGAAUGGGAUAAGGAGGAACAGUAUAAUGGCAGUCCCCCCAGACCAGCUCCCAGAGGCCCCCGCACCCCUCCUGGACCGCCCCCACCAGAUGAUGAUGAUGAGGAGCCAGUCCCAGUGACCGGUAACACACACACACACACACAUUUCUCUGUCUUUAUGUUUAUCUCACAGGGACAGAUUUCAUACUGUAUAUUCAACUAGCUAACAUUGCCAAAAGAAACGUGUCCAUGUAUUUGUGCAAGCCUGUAUCCAUGUAUACCUGAUGCCCUCUUUGGUUGCUGUGAUAACCGACUGUGGUGUCCAUGGUGACUGUUUCAGUUGGAGUGUCCAAGGCGGAGCCGACUGAAAGAGGGGAGGACUACCUGGAAGCGGUCUCACCUGAACGCGGCUCACUACCUGCCGACGAACCCUACUCAGAUGCCGAACCUGAGGAGGAGGGGGAGGAAGAAGAGGACGAGGAGCCGGAAGAAGAGGACGACGCACGGACGGAGUGUAGCGCCCCUGAGGAUGAGGAGGAGGAAGAUGAGGAAGAUGAGGGUGAGGAGGAGGAGGAGGAGGAAGAGAUGGAGGAAGGUAGGGGGGCUCCUGUGUGACGGCAGGACAGACAGUGUGUGUGCUCUAGCAUGCUGCCUGCACCCCUCAACCCUAACCCUACACCCUGCUCAGACCCCUCAACCCUAACCCUAUACCCUGCUCAGACCCCUCAACCCUAACCCUAAACCCUGCUCAGACCCCUCAACCCUACACCCUGCUCAGACCCCUCAACCCUAACCCUAUACCCUGCUCAGACCCCUCACCUAACCAACCCUGCCAGACCCUCACUACCUAUCCCUGCUCAGACCCCUCAACCCUAACCCUAUACCCUGCUCAGACCCCUCAACCCUAACCCUAUACCCUGCUCAGACCCCUCAACCCUAACCCUACACCCUGCUCAGACCCCUCAACCCUAACCCUAUACCCUGCUCAGACCCUACCCUAACCCUCUCAGACCCCUCAACCCUAUAACCCUGCUCAGACCCCUCAACCCUAACCCUAUACCCUGCUCACUCCCUAACCCCUCAGACCCCUCACCCUACCACCCUGCUCAGACCCCUCAACCCUAACCCUACACCCUGCUCAGACCCCUCAACCCUAACCCUAACCCUGCUCAGACCCCUCAACCCUAACCCUAUACCCUGCUCAGACCCUCAACCCUAACCCUACACCCUGCUCAGACCCCUCAACCCUAACCCUACCCUCAACCUAACCUGCUCAGACCCCUCAAACCCUUAACCCUACUAACUACCCUGCUCAGACCCCUCAAACCCUAACCCUAUACCCUGCUCAGACCCCUCAACAACCCUAACCCUGCUAGACCCUCACCUCAGACCCCCUCAACCCUAACCCUAUACCCUGCUCAGACCCCUCAACCCUAACCCUACUACCCUGCUCAGACCCCUCAACCCUAACCCUAUACCCUGCUCAGACCCCUCAACCCUAACCCUAUACCCUGCUCAGACCCCUCAACCCUAACCCUAACCCUGCUCAGACCCUCCAACCCGCUAACCCUCACCCACCCUCCUGCUCAGACCCCUCAACCCUAACCCUUACCCUGCUCAGACCCCUCAACCCUAACCCUACACCCUGCUCAGACCCCUCAACCCUAACCCUUAACCCUGCUCAACCCUCAACCCUAACCCUACACCCUGCUCAGACCCCUCAACCCUAACCCUGCUCAGACCCCUCACCCUACCCUAUACCCGGCUCAGACCCCUCACCCUACCCCUCAACCCUAACCCUGCUCAGACCCUCAACCCUACUGAUCCCCCUCACCCUACCCUAACCCUGCUCAGACUCCUCAACUCUAAACCCUGCUCAGACCCCUCAACCCUAACCCUACACAGUGCAGUUAACAGAGCCGUUGUAACCAGCCUAACCAGUUGUAAUCAUAAGCCUUAGAGCCAUGGCUGUUGCUGCUGUAAUUUCAGAUCCCCUUGCAUGACAAACUAACUGCGCCUGUGUUGUGGUUGUCUCUCUCAUUCUUAACUCUUAGUUGAGUGAAAUGUAAUUUCAUCAUGUUAUUAGUGUUUUAGCACUAAUGUGAGUGAGGCCUUUUCUUUUGCUGUGCUUGUGUUGAUUGUUUUUGUUGUUGAUUUACAAUAUUUCUUUCACACUCCCUCCCUCCCCUCUCCAGGUGAUGACGGUUAUGAGCAAAUCAGUAGUGAUGAGGAUGACUUGGACAAUGGGAGUUUUAAGGUGCCCAGUUUUGACAUUGACUACACCCCUGAAGACCUGGCCUCUGUGCCCCCAGUCCAGUACGAUCCCUACGAAAGAGAGCUACGCCCACUGCUCUACUUCACCCCUCCUUACAAGACCCGCUUCGACUCCCAGCUGGAGAGGGCCAGGGGGGCUGUGUGUUGUGGUCCAGAGGGGCCUGGAGGUGGAGAGGGGGCAGAGGCUGAGGUUGUAGCCCAGAUGAGAGAGCUCCUGGCUGGGAUAGGAGAGGACCGCGACUCCCGCUGGGUCACGGCCCUAGAGCAGGCAUCAGGGCUGCUCGCUAGAGGUUUGGGCUUUCUGAUUGCACAGGGGGAAUGGGAGGAGCCUAUUGGAGCUCUGGUCCAAUGGGCUCUCCAGGGUCUUAGUAUGGAGAUAGCUCUGACCCAACCCAUUGCUCUAAACCUCAGGCAGCUGAAAGCUGGAGCUAAGCUGGCUUCCUGCUUGGCUGAGUGCCCACAGGGCCUCACUGCGCUGCUGCACGAGGGAGCCCUGGAGCUCCUACUGGAGCUGCUCCAGGUGGACCAUGUGUCGUCCACGCUGAAGCUGUGUAUCCUGAGGGCUCUGGAUGCUCUGACCAGUGCCCCCGCUGGUGUGGAGGCCUUCCUACAGGAGGGGGAGAUGGAGAGGAGUGGAUACCAGGUGAGAGGGGCCAUACUGUACACAUAAAGACUUGAUAAUAGAGAGGAGUGGAUACCAGGUGAGAGGGGCCAUACGGUACACAUAAAGACCUUAUAAUAGAGAGGAGUGGAUACCAGGUGAGAGGGGCCAUACUGUACACAUAAAGACCUCAUAAUAUAGAGGAGUGGAUACCAGGUGAGAGGGGCCAUACGGUACACAUAAAGACCUUAUAAUAGAGAGGAGUGGAUACCAGGUGAGAGGGGCCAUAGUGUACACAUAAAGACCUCAUAAUAGAGAGGAGUGGAUACCAGGUGAGAGGGGCCAUACUGUACACAUAAAGACCUUAUAAUAGAGAGGAGUGGAUACCAGGUGAGAGGGGCCAUACUGUACACAUAAAGACCUCAUAAUAGAGAGGAGUGGAUACCAGAUGAGAGGGGCCAUAUGGUACACAUAAAGACCUUAUAAUAGAGAGGAGUGGAUACCAGGUGAGAGGGGCCAUACAUUACACAUAAAGACCUCAUAAUAGAGAGGAGUGGAUACCAGGUGAGAGGGGCCAUACGGUACACAUAAAGACCUCAUAAUAGAGAGGUUGCGUGUGUUACUAACUGAGGUUGUGUGUUGUGUGUCCGCCCCCCGCAGCGGUUGGUGCAGCUGUUCCUGGGGGAGGAAACCGUGCGGGUGGUAACCGCGGGCAACGCCAUUCUACAGAAAGGCCACGCCUAUGAGGUUAUGACUGACCUGCAGAGGACAGCGGCAGCCUGGAGCGAGCCUCUGCAGGUAAACACACACUGACUGGAGACCUGCGUUUUGAGAACGGUUAUUUUGGUCUGAUAAAAGUUCCCAUUUCAUAACCAGUUCCCAGUUCAGUGUGGAACUCUGGGGUUUCUAUGUCUGAGGUUCUACUGUGCAUAUAAUUACAACAGUAUAUCAGUAUAUGAGAUUUAUCAUUGUUAUAUGUCAGGAUGAGGGGGAGGAGCCUGACAUACCAAUGGAGGAGGAGCCAUCAUUAGGCCCCUCCCCUGUCAGCGAGGCUGAGCUGGAUAGGUUGGCUGGGGUUCUAGAAGAGUUACAUCACCUUCUAGAGACCGCCCCCCACACCAUGGUCCAGCCCCCUGGAAAGGCCUUCCCUACAACCACACGCAUUACUGGUCCACAGGAGAGAGACGACCCCUACCCUACACUUUACAGGUAGGUACAACACAAAAACUCACACACACACAUACACACACAGUCGUUUGUACUAAUAACUCCCCCCCCCCCCCCCCACAGGUACAUGCAUGCAUGUCAUUUCCUGGAGAGCACGGCGGUGGCGUUGUCAGCAGCAGUGGCGUCGGGGCAUACAGGCGUCACUCACGCAGUCAGAGAACUCCUGCACUUCCUGUCUCUCACCCAAUCAGGAUUGCUCUUCAUGCUGGCCCAGCCCACGCCUACCAACUUGCUGCUCCGCCUCCUAGCAACCGUCGCCGAGGCUGAGGGAGAGGAGCCUAUGGUCAUCGGGGGCGACGGGGGGUUCUUGGGCCCCGGAUUGGGUGAAGAGGGUUUGGGGGUGUGGCUGAUGCAGGCGCUGCAUGCCCUCCAGAGUGUUUCUGAGCUGAUGAGUCACGUGACUGCCGGCGGGGAGGGAGGGGUGGGGUUAGAGGAGGGGGACAGUGCGGAGGUACUGAGCAUGCUCCAUGCCCUCUACCUCAUCACCUUCACACAGACUGGGAGGAGUGCUGUGGCCCAUGUCUUCAGCCUGGAGAACAACCUUUCCUGUCUGGUUACGCUGCUGCAGCACCACAGCAAGGACGGACACGGGGAGGCCAAGGCCCGGAAGGCGGUGACCUAUAACUAUGCGUGUAUGCUGGUGCUGAUGGUGGUUCAGAACUCCAGUGAUCUCCGUACCAUGGAACAACACGCUGCUCCUCUACUCAUCCUGGCCAAGGCUGAUGACACCAACGCUAAACUACAGGGUACGUAGCUCCUGACCCCUGACUCUAACAGGGUUUGGCCGGCCGGGACUCCCCCAUGGACUCCUUUUGGCGGGCCGGGUGCCUGCAAGCUGACUUCGGUCGCCAGCUGGAUGGUGUUUCCUCCGACACAUUGGUGCGCCUGGCUUCCGGGUUAAGCGAGCAGUGUGUCAAGAAGCAGUGCGGCUUGGCAGGGUUGUGUUUCGGAGGACGCAUGGCUCUCGACCUUCGCCACUCCCGAGUCCGUAGGGGAGUUCCAACGAUCGGACAAGACUGUAACUACCAAUUGGAUAUCACGAAAAGGGGGGUAAAAGUACAAAAAUAAAGUUACAAAGUUAAAAAAAAAAAUAUAUAUAUAUAUAUAUAAAAAAAAGAAUGUGUUGAACUACUAUUCAGAAUUCAUUGCAAAGGUGAACUGCAACACUAAGUCAUCUUCUCAGUGUUGGUCUUGUGUUCCAGAGCUGAGUCAGUGGCUGGAACCUCUGGACAAAGUGAAGUUAGAGAUGGGCAGCAUCCCCAGCCUCAUAGACUACAUCAAACAGGUGAGCUACAGGUCCCCAAGGAGUGAUAACCAGUUGUUGCAGUUUGUUUAAUACCUCAUAAUGAUGACUUGGCUGCAGGCCUUCACCUCCCUAAACACACACACACCGACUUGCUUUGAUAUAACUAGCUGACUGAACUCCACUCCAUGGUCAAGGAAGUUUCUGAUCAAAUCCACCAACGGAGUGGAGCAGAGAUCAGGUUUUGUGAAAUUCAGCAACAGCUAAUUUGAUUUGAUUUAUUAGGAUCCCCAUUAGCCAAUGCCAAUGGCGACAGCUAGUCUUACUGGGGUCUGACACAUAACAAAAAUUCAUUACAGACAAAAUACUUUACAUACAUUAACAUGUAGUGUGUGUGUGUGCAUCUAUCAGUUCCACAUACAUGUCAGUACAUAUACACAACAAUUAGGUCACAUGGGGGAGAGGCGUUGUGCUGCUUUAUUUGUUCUUUGAAACCAGGUUUGCUGUUCACUUGCGCUAUAUAAGACGGGAGUUCCAUGCACUCAUGGCUUUGUAUAAUACUGUACGUUUCCUUGAAUUUGAUCUGGACCUGGGGUCUGUGAAAAGACCCCCGGUGGCAUGUCAGGUGGGGUAAGUGUGUGUGUAAGUUGACUAUACAAACAAUUAGGAAUUUCCAACACAUUAAUGUUUCUUAUAAAAACAAGAAGUGACGCUGUGUCUUUCCUCAACUCUUAGCCAAGAGAGACUGGCAUGCAUAGUAUUAAUAUUAGACCUCUGUUUACAAUGAAGAGCAAGACGUGCCACUCGGUUCUGGGCCAGCUGCAGCUUAACUAGGUCUUUCUUUGCAGCGCUUGACCAUAUGACUGGACAAUAAUCAAGAUAAGAUAAAACUAGAGCCUGCAGGACUUGCUUUGUGGAGUGUGGUGUCAAAAAAGCAGAGCAUCUCUUCAUUAUGGACAGACCUCUCCCCAUCUUUAUAACCAUUGAAUCUAUAUGUUUGUGCAUGAAAGUUUACAAUCUAAGGUAACACCAAGUAAUUUAGUCUCCUCAACUUGUUCAACAGCCACACCAUGCAUUAGCAGAUUCAGCUGAGGUCCAGAACAAAGGGAAUUAUUUGUACCAAAUACAAUGCUCUUAGUUUUAGAUGUUCAGGGCCAGUUUAUUACUGGCCACCCAUUCCAAAACAGACUGCAACUCUUUGUUAAGGGUUUCAGUGACUUCAUUAUCUGCGGUUGCUUACGCAUAUACGGUUGAAUCAUCAGCAUACAUGGACACACAUGCUUUGUUUAAUGCCAGUGGCAGGUCAUUGGUAGAACAAAGAAAACAGUAGAGGGCCUAGAGAGCUACCCUGCGGUACAUGCAAAUAGUUGUGACAGUGCAAAUAGUUGUUACAGUGGCUGACCCAGAUCUUGACUGUGGGGGGGGGUGGGGGGGGGGGGGGAGAGAAGAGAAGAGAGAGAGAGAGAGACAUGUGGCUGCAUGCAUAUGGAUGUGCAUCAGUUAGAGCAUGGCUGAUGUAAACAAAGUACAUAUUGUAUGUACAUGUGUAUUAUUGGUCAUAUUACUAACGGAGAACCCAUUCUGUCCCGUGUGUGUCCCUGUAGAACGUCGAGAACGUGUUGACCCUAGAGGGAAGUGGACUGAUGUCUGCUCUGAGGGCCCUCUGCCAGAUCGCCUGUCCCCCUCCCGCCGUAGAGGGUCAGCAGAGAGAUCUGAAGUGGAGUCUAGCGGGGGUGCAGUUGUUUUCUGGGGAGGGCUUGGACAUGUGUGUUUGUGUGCUCCAGAAGCUGUGUAGCGUGUUGCUGCCUGCCUGGCGUGUGCACGGACACAUGGGACCCACGCCGCAGCGCUGUAUGAUCCUUGGCAUGUGCGCGAACACGCUAAGGCUGCUGCGGACCAUGCUGACAGAGCUGCUGCGUAGCGGGGCCUUCCAGUUCAGGGACACGCGUGUGGCGAGCACGUUGGUGACGCUACACAUGGUCGUGUGUUCAGCCCCGGCCUCUGGACGUCUAGACUGGGAGGAGACCAAGGUUCAGGCCCUCAUCGUAGACGUGCUGCUCACCUUCACACAGGGAGUCAGCGAACAGGUACAACUCUUUUCUGAUUGUCCUGUAACAUUAUGUCACAUGUUGUGUGUGUUGCGUGUGUGUUGCUGUGUGUUGUGUGGCGUGGUGUUUGUGUGUGUGUGUUUUGUGUGGGUUUGUGUGUGUGUGUAAUAACCUGUGUAUCAUUUCCCCUGUAGAUGACCCACACAGAGGAGACUCUGCUCAGCAACACAUGGUCUCUGAUGCUGAAGGAGGUGUUGGGCUCUCUACUGAAAGCCCCAGAGGGACUCUUCUCAGGCCUCACCCUGCUGUCUGAACUACUGCCACUCCCCCUGCCCAUGCAGAGCACACAGGUACACACACACGCCUGCUGCUUCUCAUGUUGAUACAGCAACCGUCAUCAGCAACAGUCUGUAUGUCAUCAGAUUGACACUUAACAAAUAGACUAAUGCAUGAGGUAGGACAAGUCUUUCAUGUUGGAAACAUCCAAACCAAGGGGGAACAGGUUUCUAGUUGUGUGUUGUGCCUGGCCCCCCUCCAGGUGAUCUCGGUCCAGGACGUGGCGGUAGCAUUGAACACCAGGAAGUUGUGGAGCAUGCACCUGCGGGUGCAGUGGGGCGUGUUUGCGGACGCCCUCGGGUGUGUGUGUGGAACUAGCUGUCCACCGCUGCUGGCCAUGCUGCGACGUGUGUGUGUGCAGCUGGCUGACCUCUCCUCUCCCACCGCCACCCUCAUCAUGAAGACCCUGCUGGAGCUACUGCUGGGGGAAGUACAGCCGUAAGACAGGCACAAACACACAGCCUUUUGCACCUCAUCAACUAAGAUGGCAAGCCAAAUAAAUCCCAAAUUGGCCAUGUAUAUUAUUUCACGUCCAAAUUACAACCACCAUGCUACCAUCUCUGGUGUGUGUGUGUGUGUGUGUGCGUGUUUGUAUCUAGUGUGUGUAUGUUUUUGAUUUGGGUAUGUGUGGUUGUGUUUUUCAGUGUGGAGGGUAAGAGUCCGGGUUGGGGGCAGGUCCUGCGUCUCCUCUCUCUAUUCGACACCCUGGUUUCCCAGAGAGCCUGUAAGAUCGCAACGUUACACCUGCUCUCUGGCUCCGCCCCCGGAGACGAACCAUUGACUGAUGUCUUCCCCCUGCUACUGUCCCUAUUGGUUCCCUCUGCUGACCACGCCCUGCCACAACAGCACUGUGCAGAGCUGGUGGGAUCUGUCCUGCAGUCACUGUGUGACCAGGUAACACACGAAGCACCUGGCAUUGUAUGAGACUAAUGCACUUCAUCCACUAGUUGUUGUUUUGCCUCCAGCUAUUACAGUGGAGAGGUAUGGGGUGAAUUGGUGCCUGCUAUGUUGUGUUCAUAAACAUUUAGGUCUUUGUGCUCUUUAGUCUAAACUAUGUGUCAGAUUAGCAGGGUGUUGUAUCCGGCUGAGCCAGGUAAGAGAGGGAGCAGUAGAGGGAGAGAGGUAGGUGUGUGUUUAACCCCAUCGGUCCCAAGACACCAGCAAAAAAUAGGCUUUUCAUUUAUUUGACUUUCAUUUAUCUGCAUGUCCAGCUCUUAUAUUUAGCCUCACAAUGAAGUGUUUUACCAUUUUCUUUUCAGGACAACCAGGGCUACAAGUAAAACACAAAACUAUUUGACAUAAACAGUUGCAUUCAUGAGUUCUAUUGACAGAGCAAAAACCUGAUAAAAAUGUAGUUAUAUGAAUGUAAGUACAGAAACUGUUUGCUCACUGGGAAAUUAAUAUCCAACUAGUCAGUGACAACUGUGUGGAGUUUGGAGUUUAUAAUACCAAUUAUGUGAGCUUAUUACAGUAUUAUAGACACUAUGUCCUGGAAUUUACUAUGAUCUUCUAUGUAGAAGAACCCCUUACCUUCUAAUGCCUCUUGUGUAGCUAAUGAGCAUCAUCGAGUGAAACAUGUUACGUGUUUGUGAGAGUCUCAGCUUUUCAUAUAUACAUUUAAUAGGCAUCUCAAAUCAUUCUGACUCUACAGACAUUUGUGUAAACAGUGGGACUCAUUGGGUUAACUCUGCUGUGUGUGUGUGUGUGUUAGGACAUCUCUCUGGUGGUGCCCCACCCAGCCGAGGGGUGUGUGUCGGAGGCCGAGCAGCUGGCCAAUGCCCUUCCAGGACGGGAAAUGAUCUCAUCAGUGUGCGACUCGCUGCUGGAGGUUUUGGGGAACGGAGAGAGCAGUGCCACUCUGCUCCUCACCUGUCUCAGAACACUCAUGUUCCUCACAGAACAUGACUAUGGACUCUACCACCUCAAAGGGUACUCACACACUCCUCACUGCCAGGAGUUUAGAUCAAUGCAAGUGUAGCAUGUACAGUGGGGAGAACAAGUAUUUGAUACACUGCCGAUUUUGCAGGUUUUCCUACUUACAAAGCAUGUAGAGGUCUGUAAUUUUUUAUCAUAGGUACACUUCAACUGUGAGAGACGGAAUCUAAAACAAAAAUCCAGAAAAUCACAUUGUGUGAUUUUUAAGUAAUUCAUUUGCAUUUUAUUGCAUGACAUAAGUAUUUGGUCACCUACCAACCAGUAAGAAUUCCGGCUCUCACAGACCUGCUAGUUUUUCUUUAAGAAGCCCUCCUGUUCUCCACUCAUUACCUGUAUUAACUGCACCUGUUUGAACUCGUUACCUGUAUAAAAGACACCUGUCCACACACUCAAUCAAACAGACUCCAACCUCUCCACAAUGGCCAAGACCAGAGAACUGUGUAAGGACAUAAGGGAUAAAAUUGUAGACCUGCACAAGGCUGGGAUGGGCUACAGGACAAUAGGCAAGCAGCUUGGUGAGAAGGCAACAACUGUUGGCGCAAUUAUUAGAAAAUGGAAGAAGUUCAAGAUGACGGUCAAUCACCCUCGGUCUGGGGCUCCAUGCAAGAUCUCACCUCGUGGGGCAUCAAUGAUCAUGAGGAGGUGAGGGAUCAGCCCAGAACUACACGGCAGGACCUGGUCAAUGACCUGAAGAGAGCUGGGACCACAGUCUCAAAGAAAACCAUUAGUAACACACUACGCCGUCAUGGAUUAAAAUCCUGCAGCGCACGCAAGAUCCCCCUGCUCAAGCCAGCGCAUGUCAAGGCCCGUCUGAAGUUUGCCAAUGUCCAUCUGGAUGAUCCAGAGGAGGAAUGGGAGAAGGUCAUGUGGUCUGAUGAGACAAAAAUAUAGCUUUUUGGUCUAAACUCCACUCGCCGUGUUUGGAGGAAGAAGAAGGAUGAGUACAACCCCAAGAACACCAUCCCAACCGUGAAGCAUGGAGGUGGAAACAUCAUUCUUUGGGGAUGCUUUUCUGCAAAGGGGACAGGACGACUGCACCGUAUUGAGGGGAGGAUGGAUGGGGCCAUGUAUCGCGAGAUCUUGGCCAACAACCUCCUUCCCUCAGUAAGAGCAUUGAAGAUGGGUCGUAGCUGGGUCUUCCAGCAUGACAACGACCUGAAACACACAGCCAGGGCAACUAAGGAGUGGCUCCGUAAGAAGCAUCUCAAGGUCCUGGAGUGGCCUAGCCAGUCUCCAGACCUGAACCCAAUAGAAAAUCUUUGGAGGGAGCUGAAAGUCCGUAUUGCCCAGCGACAGCCCCGAAACCUGAAGGAUCUGGAGAAGGUCUGUAUGGAGGAGUGGGCCAAUUUCCCUGCUGCAGUGUGUGCAAACCUGGUCAAGACCUACAGGAAACGUAUGAUCUCUGUAAUUGCAAACAAAGGUUUCUGUACCAAAUAUUAAGUUAUGCUUUUCUGAUGUAUCAAAUACUUAUGUCAUGCAAUAAAAUGCAAAUUAUUUACUUAAAAAUCAUACAAUGUGAUUUUCUGGAUUUUGAAAAAUUACAGACCUUUACAUGCUUUGUAAGUAGGAAAACCUGCAAAAUCGGCAGUGUAUCAAAUACUUGUUCUCCCCACUGUAUAUAGACAAUAGUAGGGGUUAAAGCACUGAACGCUGUGGAACACCGAAUUCAACUGUAGUAUGUGUGUUUUUAGAGCUCUGAAGAAGCACAGUGCCAGUGUGUGUGCUCUGUUGAAGAGACAGGUGUUCUCCUUCAGGAAAGACUCUGCUGAACUCCUCUCUGCUCUGCUGGACUUCCUACGACAGAUCCUCAACACUGACCCUCUGGUAAAACCCCAAACAAGUCCAUAUCAACAUUAUCAACCCUUAUUAACAUGAUCAACCAUUAUCCAGUCAACCAUUAUCAGCCGAUGCUGAUAUGAAGGCCGAUCCGCCCGUAUAUCAUUAAUCAUUCUAUCAUACUCUCUCUUCUCAUACCCAGGGUUGCUGUGGGGAGGAGAGUGGAGGGGAAGAGUCCGUGCUGGUCCCGCCCCCAAGGUCUGUGGCUCUGACUGGCUCAGAGAUGAAGGCUCUGCUACAGUGGGAGGAGACUGACACACACCCUCUAAACACACUAGAGAAACACAUCACGGUACACACCCACACACUUUGUGCAUAGUAAUGAUUAUAAAUGCAAGUACAGAUCUCUGAACGGAAGCAGUAGCAGUAACUGUCAUGUGUGUAGAAGCUCUGCAAGGAGGAGGAUUCAUUGGAGACCCUGUUGGAGAAUGUGAUUGGUCUACGACAGACGCUGGAAACCACUAUGGAUGCAUCUUCUCCCCCUGAGACGGAGCCCACUCUACCCAACCCUGACACGCUAUUGGCCCAGUUCAACCACAGGUACCGCCCACUGACACUGUUGGCCCAAUAGAUACCGUUAAAGCUGCAAUAUGUAACUUUUUGGGUGACCUGACCAAAUUCACAUAGAAAUGUUAGUUAUAGAUCUGUCAUUCUCAUUGAACGCAAGUCAAAGAAGCGGUAGAUAUGUUAUAUGUGCGCUAUUCCUAUGCUUCCCAUUCUUAAAUUUUGUUAUUUUACUUUCGGUUCUGUACACCAGCUUCAAACAGCAGAAACAGUUAUGGAAUAUAUAUUUCACUGCGGUUUAGAUGCUACAUUGAUUCUCUACACUAUACUUGCCUGUUUUGUCACAUAAUCUGAAAUUAGGCGAACUAUUAGAAUUUUAGCAACCAGGAAAUGGCGGAGCGAUUUCUGCAUAGUGCACCUUUAACAAUCUGGCUCGUCUUGAAUGCCCCACUGACAUGCUAUGGACCCAGUUUUGACCCCAAACUGUGUGUGUCCUGUUCUGACUGUCUGUGUGUGUUCUCUCCUGUAGGACAGUGUUUGUGUUGUCGGAGGUGUUGGAUGAGCAGCUGAAGGCUCUGUGGUUCUCCCCCUUCCACACUGACGACAUGGAGGCAGAACUAGACAUGGUGAGACACCUGUGUGUUGUUUGAAUGUGUGUGUGUCUCCCUGUCUGUGUGUGUUUGUGUGUGUGUGUGCGUGCGUAACCUCUCUGACUCUGUCCCUAGGUGAAGGUGGACCUGCUAGGCCUGGCCCAGGAGUGUUGUCCAGAGUUGGACCUGAAGUCGGAGCUAGAACGCUCCUUCCUGUCUGAGCCCUUGUCUCCCAGUCACACCAAAACUAACAAGGGCUUCAGGCUGGGCAAGCACAAACACGAGACCUUCAUCACCAGGUACACACACACACACACACACACAAUUUUAUCACCUUUAGGUACAUAUAACCAUGUGAUUGUAUGUGACCCACAUAUUAACAAAGAUGCCUGUGUCGUCCUCUUCCUCACUCCAGUGGUAAGUCAGACUACAUCGAGCCAGCUAAGAGAGCCCACAUGAUGGCUGCUCCUCGCGGUCGGGGCAGGGGGGGCUUCGGGGGACAGCCCUGUCGCCCCCACGACAUCUUCCGCCAGCGCAAACAGAACACCUCGCGCCCUCCCAGCAUGCACGUGGAUGACUUUGUGGCGGCAGAGUUUAAAGACGUUGGGACUCCCCUGGGCCUGUUGCCCCCCAAGCGACCCCCUAAGAGCUCCCCCAAACCCCCCACCAGAGGCCUGUUCACUGGGAACAGAGGGAGGGCUGCCUUCCACAGCCAGCAGACACGCUUUUUCACCCCACCGCAGCCUAAAGGAGUGCUGCUGUCUGGUAUGUAGACACACACACAUCGCUGUAAACUAACAAGCGGGGGUCUGUUGUCUUUUGAAGAACCUUUGACUAACAUGUCUUCCCGUCCCUUCUAGGUAACUAUAAUGCCCGUCGUGAGGGUGGGCGAGGUGGCUCGUCGUGGAGUGGUCCGUUGCCACCGGUUACCCACAGAGGAACAUAUAGUGAUGCCAGGGGCGGGCAGAGCAACUUCACACGCGGCCCCCUGCCCUCACGACAGCAGCCUGCAGGUACACACACACACAUGCUUGUUUGCACACGUACAUACUGUAUGCACCACACACACACAUAUUCAGAGAACAACAUGCAUACAAGAUAAUACUUUCAUGCACAAUUACUGAUGGUCACCCUUGUUCUUCUCCCUCCCUCCUGCCACUCUCUCUCUCUCUUUCUCUCUCUUCCAGGUGCGUAUCGCCUGGCUCCGCGGGACCGCGCCCCUCGAGGUCGUGGGGGUACAGGCCUGUCGUGGCUGAGUCAGGGAGGAGGAGGAGGAGGAGGGGGAGGGGGUCUCAGGGGGGGAAGUUUAGCGGUGGGGGAGGCAGCGGAGGGGGGAGGGGACGACACGUUCGCUCCUUCACCAGGUAAACAAACCUGGCCAAUGACUGCAGCCCAUCACGGCUCUUAACGGACCAAUCAGGAUAAUGAGUACAUCAUCUCCAUGGAAACGUGUCCUCUGUGGGAUUCUAUUGAUGAUGAUGUGUGGAACUUUGUGUUGAUCUUGUUGUGUUAUGUUUUUGUUCUUUUACAUUGUUGUUCAGACUCAAUAAAGUUAUGUGAUUGAGAGCGCUGUCUGGAGUAGUGUGUUAAUGUUCCUCACUGUGGUAUGUUAGUGUAUGGAUGGAUGGAUGGUUGGAUUGACAGAAGGAUCGAUGCAUGGGGUAUAUACAAUGUAAGAAUUUAGUGAUAAGCUGUAUAUAAUUACAAUCCAUUGGAGUAGAUGGAGUAAGACUAUCGUACCUUAAGAGGACCAGAGAUCAGAGGUGGUUCAUCAGACUUUAUUUAGGAUCUCAGCAGGUUGGUUUCCUCUGAGUUUAAGCAAUGUCACAGGUAUCUGCCAAUCAUCAAGGGUGCGUUCAGGAGAUGCCACAUCGGACAAAAUGUUUUCAAACGGUUAAAUUAAGAAGGAAUUGAGGAUAUGGUAGUCAAUGCAUUUUCUCUCAUUUGUACCUAAUGCACAUUACCCAGUGCCCAAAAGUAACAUUAGGAAUGGCCCCUAAACCCUGUGCAACCUCCCUCAGAUGACGGUGACCUCUCUGCUCCUCUUGAUGCAGUCGAGGGUGAUGCUGCGGGGGCCGGCCUUAUGUGACCCCUCCCCUGGCUGUGGGGCGGUAGGCGGGAAUAAGGCUGGAGUGGGCGAGGCCGAGGGAAGUGAUUGGGUAGAGGCAUGUGUUGGCCCCUCCCUCAGCAGGCCCCUGGUUGGGUGUUCUACUAGAUUCUGGCUCCUAAUUGGCCCGUCUUCUUGAUGCAGUCCCCUGAUUGGCUCGUCUCUGUUCCACUGGCCCCUGCAUGGCUGCAGGCUCCGUAGCAUCUCCAGUAGCUCCCUCUUCUCUAGCUCCGCUUCUGCCAGCUCCUGUCUCCGCAGGCGCUCCGCCCCCAAGAGAGCCCGCACAUCACACACCACCCUCGACAGCUGGCCCUACACACACACACAGGGAUGUGUCAUAACACACACACACACACACAUAAAUCCAUAUAGGUAUUACAUAUUAUAAGUGUGUGUGUGUGUCACCUUGAGGUCCUCCACCUCGCUCUUCAGCAGAGACUCUUUCUGCACCAUGUGUCUCCUCUGAGAGUCCAGCCUCGACUCCAUCUCACACCUCACCUCCUCCACCUUACCCAACAUCUCUGCCCUGCGACACACACAAACACACACGUGUGUCACAAUAAAUCACAAUAUCCAUUGUAUAAAAGCAAUGAUGAUAACACCCUUGAGGCUCUAGAAUAUUGUAAAUAUUGGCACGACGCGGCUACAACAGCCUAAUAUACAGUAUCUCAAUCCAUCACCUCAAAUACACACAAACCUGAGCAGCUCCAAUUCUGUUCGUAGCUCCGCAACACAGUUGUGCUGUGAUUGGUCUACAGAGAGAAGGGUAUGGCCACAGCCACUAGGACACGCCCUGCUGCGGAACUCACACUCCGACAAGUGAGACUCUAGACCCCUCCUCUCCACCUGCACCGGACAACCUGGGGAGGGGGAGAGGGGAAAGAGAAGAGUUAAGGAGAGGGACACAGAAAGUAACAGAAAGAUGAAGUAAGAGAGCAACACUUGAGACCUACUGAAAGUCUCUCACUGUCUUUCUCACCCCCACUCCACCUUCCUCUCCCCCACUCUGCCUUCCUCUCCCCACUCCACCUUCCUCUCCCCCACUCCACCUUCCUCUCCCCCACUCCACCUUCCUCUCCCCCACUCUGCCUUCCUCUCCCCACUCCACCUUCCUCUCCCCACUCCACCUUCCUUUAACCCACUCCACCUUCCUCUCCCCCACUCCACUUCAUUGCACGGCACUCAAGCACUCCCCCACUCAGAGAUGCAGUAGCAAAAGGUCAAAGGAAGAUUGAAGGAUAAUAACUUUUUAUGUUUUUAAUUGUGCAAAUAAAUUAAACACAAUCCAAUCCAAUACCACACAGACACACACACUCUGAUACCUACCGCACUGGUAACAUAUGUAGUCUCCACCUGCCAACAACAGGUCACAGACACACAUGAGAGUUCACCUAAUACCAACUCACACAUCCCCCCCAUCCCUCCGUUGCAUUGGCGCUCAUCCCCUGGGGGAUGUUGCUCAUAAAAAAUGGAGGUGGGAUCCCUCCCUGAGUAGUUGGAUGUUUCCUCUAUACAGAUCUAGGGUAUUUUAUUAUUCACCCAUAAUCGUAAAGGUUAGGAUUCGGUUAGGGUAAGAUGAUCCUAGAUCUGUGCCUAAGAGCAACUGCUACCUGGAGCUGAGGUCAUUGUUCAUCCCAGGUGGGCUCUGUAUGAUGUCACCAUGACAACUGGUCUACCACCUGCUCCCCUCACACAGGUGUCAUAUCACUUCUGCUCCGUCUCAACUAAACACACUUCCAUGUAGUAUACUAUACAUUUCUCUAAUACACUUACACACACUUACAUACACUGACACGUUCAUAUUCACCCACACACUCUCUGUAUUGUAAUACACUGUAAUCAGUGGAGGCUGCUGAGGGGAGGACGGCUCAUAGUAAUGGCUGGAAUGGAGUCAAUGGAACGGUAUCAACCACAUGGAAACCACAUGUUUGAUCCCAUUCCAUUGAAUCCAUUCCAGGCAUUAUUAUGAGCCGUCCUCCCCUCAGCAGCCUGUAGUACCUGUGUAGGAGCAGGGCAUGAGGGCGAAUGGACACUCAUCCUCGUGUGUGUGAAGUGUCUCCAGGCAGCAGACAGCAUCACAGCCCUGGCCAGAGUUAACACAACGGAUCUGGAGCCUAGACAGGUCAUUACGCAUGUACCUAACCCAGACCAGACCAGAGAGUGAUUGUUAGAAUAACCAUAUUGUGUGUGUGUGUGUGUGUGUGUGUGUGUGAGAGUGUUUCUGUGUGUGUGUGUACCUGUGUAGUGGUCUCAGAGUGCUGAUGUCCAGUGGAAGUCUGUCCUCAGGGCAGGAGUGGUGGUGUAUGAGCCAGGAGCUGAUGCAGGCAGCGCAGUAGGCAUGUUCACAAGGGGCCUGGAGGGGGCGCUCCAACACAUCCCGACACACACAGCACAGAAGUCCCUCGUU